UAAUUGAAGAAACAACACACACAGACUGUAUUCAUUCUAUGCUGGCACUGGCAGUCAGUGGCACCACCACUCAACAAUGUCCACCUCACACCUUACCCAUCUUAUCCUCCUUAUCGCCGCCGUAGCAACCACCGUCUCCGCCACCGAUCACAUUGUCGGCGCCAACCGUGGGUGGAACCCUGGUAUCAACUACACUUUAUGGGCCAACAAUCAUACAUUCUAUGUUGGCGACUUUAUCUCAUUUAGGUAUGUGAAGAAUCAAUACAAUGUGAUCGAGGUAAACAAAACCGGUUACGACAACUGCACACUCGACGGCUAUGUAGGCAACUGGACAAGUGGAAAAGACUUCAUUCUUCUCAACAAGUCGCAACGCUAUUAUUUCAUCUGUGGUACAGGCGGUUGCUUCAACGGUAUGAAAGUCACCAUUCGGGUUCAUCCACUUCCGUCUCCUACGUCUUCCCCAGUCGCUGCUGCCGAGCACUCGGCUUCCUCUGUUGCUGGAAAAUCCGUGUUCGGAGUUUCAUUUAUGGUUCUGGUUUCAUUGAUUUGGUUUGGGUUUGGGGCCAUUUGUUAGUUUGAAAUGUGUGUUGAAUUUAUGCCAUCAAGUUUGUUUAGUUGAUUUGGUUUAAGAUAGAUUGUAUUAUUUUUGUAACUUUUUUUUGCAUGAUCAUCAUGAAGAUUGAUGUUUAGGAAUUAUGAGUGUGAUAACUAUGUUUAUUGGUUAAAUCUUUAAUUUAUGUUAAUCAUUAUGAUAUUGAUGAUCA